AUGGGUUUGGCACUUUCCGACUUGAAAGAAAUAAGUUCAGCUUAUUGUAUGCAUAAAAUCAUGAUGGAAGGGGAUUACAAGCCGAUCUCUUUCAGAGGCAUUGAAGUUGACAAAGCAAAGGUUGAAGUGAUUGAGAAGCUUCCACCACCAUUGAACGUCAAAGGAAUCAGAAGCUUUUUGGGACAUGCAAGAUUCUAUCAGAAAUUCAUCAAAGACUUCUCAAAAAUUGUCAAACCAUUGAGCAAUCUGCUCAACAAAGAUAAGUCUUUUGAUUUUGAUAAUGCUUGUUUGAUUGCUUUUGAGGACUUAAAAGAAAAACUGAUAAUUGUACCCAUAAUCAUCGCUCCUAAUUGGAAACUUGAUUUUGAACUAAUGUGUGAUGCAAGUGAUUAUGAGGUUGAUGCAGUUCUUGAUCAAAGAAAGAUAGAAAAAUAA